AUGCAAAUCUCCGUCACUCUAUUAGCACUAGUAUUUCUUCUCUUCAUUUUGGCAGAUGCUUACCAAAUUCAUCACAGUCGUAAUUAUGAUCGAGAUACUUUGGUUCAACAGCUUCGUCAUCUCCUUGAACAGGAAAGUGAAGAUGAUUUAAUGAUGAAACGAAAAACUCAAGCUGGUCUUGAUCAUCCUGAAAUAUUAAAAGAAUGUCAGAAUGAAUGCAAAUAUUUACGAGUAGAUGCAAGUGUAACUGAUGAAGAAUUGCGAAAACCAUACAAAAAGUGUCGCGAUGAAUGUGUCGACGAGAAACUCGCAGAACAAGAUUGA